AAACUGUUCGUCUUUUCAGAUAGCUCGCAGGAGUUCAGGAAAAUGCGAGUGGACUAGAACUAAUACUUGUCUAUGCAUGAAAACGAGACUGCUGUAAACAACUAAAGUUGCCUUGGCGAUUCAAAAUGGCGGUCAAAAAGGGUGCAUACAGUCUGGAGGAGAAACGGGAAGCUGUGGCUUAUUUUAACAAGAAUGAAGUCCCAAAACAGAUCGAAGAACUUCUCAAUAAGAUGUUCAAGGAAAAACCAAUUGAUGUAUUUGGCUAUAUGGGAGAAUACUUUGGAAGGCGUUCACAUGCACCAACUAUAUCAAAGGUUUCGGCAGCAGAAAUUCUCGGUAGCAGAGGGUUUCCAACUUUUGAAGUUAGCUUUGACUGCACAAUAAAUGGACUCUCAAAGCCUGUAGCAAGUGUUGUAUCCUCUGUGGAUUCCAGUCUUUGUCCAGACUCUGUUCACACCAAGGUCAAAACUCCUGAUCAACCCAAACAGCAAAAGCCAACAGAAACUGCAGUCACAAGCAGUGUAGGAGAACCAGACAGUGUUGUUAAAGAACUAGAAGUAGAUGAAAUGAUUGAGAGAAUUGAUGACACCAUCGCACCGCUUAUUGUGGGAUCUGACCCAACUAAUCAGAAGACUGUUGAUGAGAUGUUACAGAAACUAUUAGAACAAGAAAACUCUGCUUUAAAAAUUGACAGCAGUGAAGCUGUUGAAGAUCAAACUGGAGAAGGUGAGGGUUCAGAGAGAGCUGAGGACAACCAAGAAGAAGGGAAACUAGACACAACCAAGAAGUCUAAUGUCUCCAGGGGAGAAAGUAAACAAUCACAUCUAUCACAAGACACUGGCAAGAAAACAGACGGCAAAAAAAGCACUGCAGGAAAUAAGGAGUUACUAGCACAAACCGUCCCAGAUCUGGAGGAAGACGAGCUCUGUAGAGACUGUGCCAUGAUUGCUAUUUCCAUGGGAACAGCUGUCACUGGUGCAAAGAUUAAGGGGGUCUCUUUGUACGACCAUUUAGCUAAAGUAUUUGGAAAAGAGUUGGAUGAAAGCUUUUCUCUUCCCAUUCCAAUGAUGACGUUACUAACAAGUGGCAAGUUCGCUGCGGGGAAACAGAAUCUUAUCAAGGAAGUUCUCAUUUUACCUCAACCAGGAACGCCCAUGCAAAAGGUCGUACAUCAAUUUGCCAACAUACAUCGGCAAAUGGCAGACACUCUAGCACAGAAAUAUGGGCCGUCUGGCCGAUGCACAACCGAUGAUGGCAGUUACACUCCUUCAAUGGACAAGCCAGAGCAAGCGCUGGAUUUUGUACAAGAUGCCGUGUCCAGCUGUGGGUAUAGCCUGGGCACUGAUGUUCAAAUCGCUCUCAACUGCGCAGCUUCAGAGUUUUAUGAUCAAGAGAAGCAGAAGUACGAGAUAAUGUCUAACACUUUUAAAAGUCUGGAUGAUGUCAUAAACUUGUACUGUGAACUUCAUGAGAGAUAUCCCGGCAUCUUAGCUAUUGUGGACGGAGUCAGGAGUCCGGACAGCGAGGGUUGUAAAAAACUCAACCAGAGGAUUGGAGAGAAGUGCUUUAUAGUUGGCAGUGACUUGUACAGAAAACACUCCAGUAUUUUAGAGUUCGGAGUGGCCGACAAGCUAAGCAGUGUUGUAGCUCUUGGCGUGGAUCAAGCUAACACUNAAAGUAGAGAAGCGCGGUCAGGCUUCCAUAACCGACCGUUUAAUUUCUUGAGUUCUUCCAAAAGCAACCUAAGAUUGUUUACUCCGGGAAGACAUAUUGAAAGACAAGAAUUAAUUCUCAUUAAAAAUACUUCGACUCUUUUGCAAAGAUUGAUCGUUUUUAUUUUUCAGGCCGUGGCUUUUGGAGCGCGUUUCAUCAAACUCGGUGGUCCAGUCCGAGCUGAACACGUCAGCAAGUACAGAAGGUUACAACAGAUUGAGCAGGACCUGGAACAGAGAGGAUGUCUGGCACCACAAGAACAGCAUGUAUUUCCGGUUAUUAAUGUAGUCGAACAGGAAGCUGAGGACAGCGAUCAGAAGUAAAAUAUCUUUAGGCGAUUUUCUAUGUCUAAUCAAAUUCACGUUUUGUGUCAGCUUUGCUUGAAGUUAACAAAAAAAAAAUGUUCUAACAAAUUAGAGAUAGGAUCAUUUUCUUUUGGUUUACUUAAUCAGGUUGAAAACAAGGCAAAGGAACUAUGUCGUGGAAGGAAAAUUCUUGAAAAACUUAGCUUCAAUUUUUUCAAGUUGUUAGUUUUAUUAGUGUGUUUUAUUAGUGUUUUAUUAUUAGUUUUAUUAGUUUUAUUUUUUCCUAGGUCAUCUUUUAUUUUGAGGUUCCUCUGGAUUCGAAAGUAACUCUGAACAUCUCAAAAAAUUACGCACUACACCGUGGCAUAACCCCUUUAUAAAUGACACCACCUUACCCGUGUGACAGUCACAGGUUUUGUGUUAAUAAUACAGUGUAUAUUGUUUUUCUCACGAUGUAGUCUCUAAGAUCUACCACGAUGAACAAAAAUCACCAGCUGUUGAAAAGAUAUUAGCUAAAAGAGGUAAAUGGAUAUAUAUACCAAACCAAGAAAAAGAAAAAAAUAUUAUUUUCUCGAUUUUGUCCUUUUCAUAAGUAUCAAUCACCUUUUUCUUGACGAAGUUUCAUGCAAAUAUACCAGGCAGCAAUCGCAGUGGCGAGAUAAUGACACUCUCCGUGAAGAGGUUGUUUUGAAACGCUUCCCGAUCAGUUUGUUGCAUUGCCUGCGGUUUGCAAUAAGUUCCAAUCAAUUUACGACGGUCAUUGGAAA